GGCGCUGGCACAGACACUGCAGUAGCUUGUCCCCACUGCAGAGUGCAGUGUCACAGACGCUGCAGUAACUCCUCCCUGCCACUGGGGGCGCUGGCACAGACACUGCAGUAACUCCUCCCCUCCGCCGGGGGCGGGGCUGGCACAGACCCUGCAGUAACUCCUCCCCUCCGCCGAGGGCGCUGCCAAGGCACUGCGGGGAAGAUGGCGGAGCAGGAGGGCGGGCCGGAGCUGCGGCUGAGGUACUCGCGGGCCCUGAACCUGUCGGAGGUGGAGUCCAAGCAGGACCCGGAAUCCGAGCCCUACCGCUCCAAGUACGCGGCCCGCGAACUGCUGAAGGAGCUGAAGGCCGCGGUGGGGCACAGAGCCCAGGCCGGGGACCCGGAGGAUGAGCGGGCCGACGAGAGGCGCUGGCAGGACGGGCAGUGGCUGCAGAAGCUCGGCGUGCUGGAGCUGCAGCUCGGCCUCAACCAUGCGGAGACGGAGGAGCUGUCGGCCGGGGAGGAGCACCUGGCCAAGUGCGUGCGGGUCCUGGAGGCCUUCAAGUUCAGCCCCGAGGCCGUGUCCGUGUUCAUUCAGGCCGAGAACCAGUUGGGUAUCCUAUGGGCAGGACUGGAAGAAAUGGAAAAAGCCAAGACCUAUCUAGAAGAUGCUGAAGCACUUUACAACCAGUACACCAAGGAGAUUGGGACUCCACCAUGGGACACCCAUGAGCAUUUCCUGGCAGAAGAGGAGAGGCUGAGUGAGCAGGAGAGACAUAAAAGGUUUGAGAAGGUUUAUACUCACACCUUGUAUUAUCUGGCACAAGUCUAUAAACACUUGGAUAUGAAUGAAAAGGCUGCCUGGUACUGUCACACCACCCUGCAACGCCAACUGCAGUUCACCCAUUAUAACCCUGUGGAGUGGGCCAUCAAUGCUGCCACCUUGUCCCAAUACUACAUCACCAAGCAGCGUUACAUGGAAGGUCGCCUGUGCCUUGCUGCUUCCAACGUGAUCUUUAACCAGGUGGGAGCAGUGUCCUCGGAAUCUCCAGCAGAAGAAAGUGAAGAAGAGAGGGAUCGCCGUGACCAGCUCCAGCAGAAGAAGGCAGAAAUAGCACGGUGUUGGAUAAAGUACUGUUUGAACCUGCUGCAAGAUUCGCGCAAACUGCUUGAGAAUGACAUUGGUGAAUUGGACUGGGAUCGCCAGGAAGAAUUGAAGACCCAACUGAAAAAAGAGGAGGAGGAGAAGGAGCAGGGGAGGAAAAGUGCUGUGCUGUUUGGAUCCAGUGAUACAUUUGACCUGAUCCAAUCUGUUGAGGAGAAAGUGAGCUGCACUUACCCUGUGGACUUCACGAAAGCCCGAGAGGUGUUCUUGGUUGGGCAGAACUAUGUGCACGAAGCCAAGGAGUUCUUCCAGCUGGACGAUCAUGUAACAGACCACAUUGAAGUAGUUCAGGAUCACAGCGCACUAUUCAAGGCCCUGGCAUUCUUUGAAGAGGAUUUAGAGAGGCGUUGCAAGAUGCAUAAGCGACGUAUCGAUAUGCUGAAUGCAGUCUACACAGAGUUAAACCCUCAGUAUUACCUCUUGGUCUGCAGGCAACUUCAAUUUGAGAUAGGGGAUACAUACUAUGAAAUGAUGGAGCUAAAGGUCUCCAUUGCCAACCGGUUGGAUGAGUUGGAUAGUCACAAUAUUAAGAAAAUCAACCACCUGGCUCAGUCAGCCAUCACUUAUUACAGCCUCUUCCUGGACUCCCUGAAGAACUCGGAGAAGAAGUUUCCGGAGCGACUGGAAGCUGAUGUUAUGCGGCCAGCAUUGGUGGCAAAGUUUCGCAUUGGUUGGUUGUACAGUAAAAUGAUCACUUCUGAUCAGAAGUUGCAGCUGGAGAACAUGCAGCGUUCAGUGGACUGUUACCGCUUUGUAGUUGAUUAUUGUAAUUGUCACCCUGAAGCUGCCAAAGCCAUGGAACCUGAGCUGGAGCUUUGUGUCGAGAUGGCCACCCUAUUGCCAGCACGAAUGGAGAAACUAAGGUCUAGGUUAGCACCAUUCAACUAGUAAUGUUGGCUGUGACCUGGUCUGGUGACCACCUUCCUUACACCAUAGGAUAGAUGUACUUUCUUGUGUAAUAAACAUACCCUAUGGGCUCAGCUAAGCUGCUUUUGUCUUUUGUCCCUCCAGACAUAAGCGGGAGAGAGAGAUUUCAGACCUUAGUCCACUGAAUGUCCUACCUUUAAAGCUUAUGGGUGUAAAACUGACCUUAUUUGUGGACUCUGAAUUUUCAACUGGUGUUCUUGGCACUAAAUGGGUGAUUGGGUAGGUAAACACAGGAACAACAAAGUGGGCAGAUUUGGCAAGGGCUGAUGUGUGGGGUGAUCAGGAAGAUAGGGUGAGAUGAUGAAGAGGAGAGGCAAGAAGAAUUAGGGUCUUCAGUAUGUGAUUGGGGGUGGUGGGUGAAGGGGUGUUGUAAACGGAGAGAGGAGAGGGGUGAAGUAAGAUGGGAAGAGGAGAAGCGGGUGGUGCAGGAGAGGAAGAAAUGUAAUGAAUUAUACUGGAGCAAUAUGUCAGAAUCAGGUUUAUUACUGACAUAUGUCAUGAAAUUUGUUGUUUUAUGUCAGCUGUAAGGCAUAAACAUUACUAUAAGUUACAAACCUAAAUAGUGCAAAAGAGGAAUAAAGAGGUAAUGUUCAUGGGUUCAUGGACCACUCAGAUAUCUGAUGGUGGAGGGGAAGAAGCUGUUCCUAAACCAGGUGUGGGUCUUCAGGCUCCUGUAAUGCAAAGAGGGCACUUCCUGGAUGCUGAGGAUCCUUAGUGAUGGAUGCUGCUUUCUUAAGGCACUGCUUCUUGAAGACGUCCUCGAUGGCCGGGAGGGUUGUGCCUGUGAUGGAGCUGGCUGAGUCUACAACCCUCUGUAGCCUCUUUCGAUCCUGCGCAUUGCAGCCUCCAUUAUCAGGAUUUGCCAAGAUGUUGUCAAGGGAACGAAUUUUCUGAGCGUUGUAGGAGCUUGAAUCUGACUUGAGAACAACAUAAAAGCAGGAAUAGGCCAUUUAGCCCUAGGUGCUUGGGUUUGAAUCUAUCCUGAGUACCCCAGGGCAUUGAAUUCUACCAAGUGUCUCACAAGAUGAUUUUGUCUCACAGGUUUCACGGGAUUGAAUCUGUUCUAUAUGUCCCAGGACAUUGAGUCUGGCCUAAUGCAGGGUCUUGACCUGAAAUGUGGACUAUUCCUUUGCCUCCGCAAAUGCUGCUUGACCCACUGAGUUCUUCCAGCAGUUUGCUUUCUGCUCCAGAUAUCAGCAUAUGCAGUUUCUUGUGUCUCCAUUGACCCUGACCCUUGUGUCUCCAGAGAAUGAAUCUGCCCAUGUGUGCCAGGAGACUUCUUCACUGUAUCUAAGGGUAUCGAGUCUAACCAAGUAUCCAAGCAGGCGAUUCAGUUUUGAGCAUCUCAGUGGAUUGAAAAUGAGUCUGUGCUGCAUCAUCCCAAGAACGAUUCUGUCCUUUGUAUCCCCGGGCACUGAUGCACUUCUCUGAACUGAGUAACUUGCUGGGCCAUUUCAGAAGGUGCUUAAGAGUCAACUGCAUUGCAAUAAUUGCCUAUAAGUUGAGGAGAGCAGAUAUCCUCCCAUACAGUGCAUUAGUUAUGGUUAUUCACAACAAUUGGGUAGUUUCUUGGUUACUCUUUCUAAUACUAUCCUUUUUAUUCCAGGGAUAUUUGAGAGUUUGAAUUAAAUUUCCUGGGUGCCAUCAUGGUGUUCCAGUUAAUAAUCUAAAUCUCAUAGUCAUAGAGUGGUACAGCACAGGAACAGGCUCUUUGGUGAAUCACAUCCAUGCUGACCUUUAUGGCCAUCUAGACAAAUGCUAUUUGCCUACAUAUUACUGUAUCCUGUACAAAGAUUAAUAAGUAGAAUGAAGGAGCAAAACUGUGACAGUUAGAUUUUAGUGUGGGUACGAGAUUAUCCACCUUGAAACUAAAAAAAGACAGGAUAGAAUAUUUUCUAUAUGAAGGCCAAAGAAACUUUUGAAGAAAGGAGGAUCCAUGCACGUUCAUCAUUAAAAUGUCAUUUGGAGAUUUGAAUGGAUUGCAGAUUCUAGAGGUUGUAUGGCUGUUGCCUCAAUUUUUUCAUUUAUCUAUAUAAUGGCCAGCUACUGAAAAUAAUCAAAAAGGCUAACAGAGUGCUUGGCUUCAUAUAUGGAAGACUGGAGCACAAGUGCGUAGAAGCAAUACCACAACUAUAUAAAACACUGAUCAGACCACACUUCGGGUAGAGUGAGUAUUUCUGGGCGUCCUGCCCUAAGAAAGAAAUACGAUUUGGAGGUAAUGCUGUGUAGAUUUACCAAAAUGAUACAUGGGAUUAAAUUACAAAGAGAGAUUUUACAAACUUAAAAUCAAAGAUCAUCUUUGUUGCUGCAUGGUGGAACAUGCUUGAGCUACUCCUUGUCCUAAAUUUGAGGAACAGCAUUGUUGAUCAGGCACAUUACCAAAUCUCAGGUUCAAUGAUGAUUUCAAGACUUUCAGCUAGUAAUUCAGUCAUUCUCAUUUAUACUUCUGGACGCUCAUCUUUCUUCACUUGUAUCAAUAUCCCUUUAGGCCUCCAUUCACACUACAUUCAUUACCUUCCUUACCAGUGUAAAUUGAAACUCAAAGGUAUAGCUCAGAACGACCAGGAACAGUCUCAGUAUAACCAGGAGCACUUUGUCCUACUCUGUUUUCAUACCUUUUUUGUCAUUCAACUUCUCCUGCUUUCCGCAUUGUCACAAAUAUUAUUUCCUUAUCUAUCUACUUCCCUGUUAAACCUCCCACCAUCCCUGCUCACUUUCUCUGCUUCUGCAUUUGCUUAAAAUCUGCUACUUGCUUCACUUGUUCUCCUUUUGAGGAAAGAACAUUGACCAGAAGUAUGAGCUCUUUCUCCACAGAUGCUUCCUGAGCUACCAUUAUUUUUCUUAGAUGGAGAUUUGUGACCUUGCUACCUUGACCUGUUUUCAAUGUUAUUCACAGCAGUGCUGAUAACCAUUUUCUUAUGCAGAUCAAAUGGUGCAAGGCAACUGUCAUGAGGAUUAAGUAACUCAGUCUCCAAAGUCCAGCAAGACGUAGGGUAUAAGAUUUCCAGGGAAAUUUUACUGGGCUUUGUAGAUUGUGUCAAUGGUGGGAAAGUUGCUGGAAGGGAUUCUGAGAGACAGGAUUUGGAAAGACAAGGAUCAAUUAAGCUUUGUUCAUGGAAGAUCACAUCUCACAAACGUAACUGAGCUUUUUUGAAGAGGUCAUCAAGAAGAUUGACAAGAGCAAUGCAGUGGACAUAGUUAACAUGGACUUCAGCAAGGCCUUUGACAAGGUCCCACAUGGUAGGCUGGUCCAGGAUGUUAAAAUACAUGGAUUCCAGGGUGAGUUAGCAAAUUGGAUACAGAAUUGGCUUGCUGAUUGGAGGAAGGGGGUGAUAAUGGAGAGUUGUUUAGUGUGCCUCUGGGAUGGCUGCUGCGUCCCUUAUUGUUCAUCAUAUAAAUGAUUUGGAAGAGAAUGUAUGUGACAUGAUUAGUCUAAGUUUGCAGUUGACACCAAAAUUGGUGGUUUAGUGAACAGUGAAGAAGGUUGUCUAAGGUUACAACAGGGUUUAGAUCAACUAGGAAAGUGGGCAAGGGAAUGGCAGAUGGAAUUUAACUUGGUUAAGUGUGAGGUGGUGCAUUUUGGUAAAUCAAAUCAGACCAAGACAUACAAUGUGAAUGGCAUGGCCUUGAGGAGUGUUACUGAACAACGAGUACUUGUUCCCCAAGGUUCCCUGAAAGUGGCAACAUAGGUAGGCAAGGUGGUGAAGAAUGCGUGUGGUAUGCCUGCCUUCAUCAGCCAAGGCAUUAAGUAUAGGAGUUGGGUCAUCAUGUUAUAGUUGUACAAAUCAUUUGUUAGGUCACAUUUGGGGUAUUGUGCAACCUGGUCGCUGCAACCUGAAAGCUAGAGAGGGUGCUGAAGAGAUUCACAGGAAUGGUGCCUGGACUGGAGGGCUUGAGUUAUAAGGAGAGAUUGGAUAGGUUGGGACCUUUUUCCCUGGAGUGAAAGAGGCUGAGGGUUGACCAUAUAGAGACUUAUAAAGUUAUGAGGGGCAUAGACAGGGAAGACUCUUUUUCCCAGAGUAGGGGAAUUUAAGAUGAGAGGGCAAAGACUUAAAGGGUAUCAAAGGGGAAAGUUUUUCACAGCAAAAGUGCAAAGGUGGUAGGUAUAUGGAAUGAGCUGCCACAGGUGGUAGUAAAGGAAGGUACGAUAACAUCAUUGAAAAGACAUUAGACAGUCACAUGGAUUGGAAAGGUUAAAGAGAGAUGGACCAAAACACAGGCAAAUGGGAUAAGCCUAGAUAGGCAUCUUGGUCAGCAUGGAUGAGAUGGGCUGAAGGGCCUAUUUCUAUGCUGUAUAGCUUUAUGAAUCUACUGAGUUAUUUCAUCCUGGUGGCAGCUGGAAUCACCUGCUUGGUGCUACCUUUGAUCUGCUCCCAUUCCUCAGUUGCAACCUUUGCUAUAAGUUAGUUAAGACUAUGGCCCUGUGUUCUGGGAGCAAGGUUGUAGGGAAGGGGUCACAUUAUGAAUGCAUUGUAAAGAGCCACUGGGGAAGAGUGAGCACAAAAUAAUAGAAUUACAUAUUAAGUUCCAGAGUGAGAAAUUUGGGUCUGAAACUAGUGUCUUAAUCUUAUUUCAUUCCUCCUCAGGAUCUUGUGUUUCUGGAUCUUGUAUGUAUAAUGGAAUUAAGCAGAGGUGAUGUAUUUUCUGAAGGAGAAAUCAUGCUUGACAAAUUUAAUAAGGAUUCGUCAAGGAUGUGACUAGGGUGGAGAAGGGGACUGGGGGAUGUGGUAUAAUGGAUUUAUAUAAAGGUAUUUGGUAAGGUAUCAGGUAAGAACAUAAGAAAAUGAGACACUGAAGCAAAAGCAGUCCAUUGGCCCUUAAUGCUGCUCCACCAUCCCAUAAAAUCAUAGCUAAUCUUUUAUUUCAGUGGCACUUCCCUGCACUAACUCCAUAUUUCUGUUUCCUUAAUAUCUAGAAGGUUGUGGUUGCGCUGGAGAGAGUGCAGAGGACUUUAGUUAUGGGGAGAGAUUGGGUAGGCUGGGCUUGCUUCCCCUGAAGCAAAGGAGGCUGAGUGGUGACCUGAUGUAAAAUAUAUAAGAUUAUGAGAGGCAGCGGUAGGGUAGAUGGUAUCUUUUUCCCAUUGUAGAGGCUAUGAAUAACUUAAGGUGAGAGGAAGGAGUUCUAAAGGGGUAAAUUUUUCCACACAGAGUGGUUGAUAUUUGGAAUGUGCUGCUAGAGGAAGUGGUGGAAUCUGAUUCAAUCACUAUGUUUAAGAUGCAUUUAGGUAGAGCCUUAAAUAGUUAAGGCGUAGAAUGAUAUGGACUUAGUGGACAAAUGGGAUUAGUGUAGAUGGGCUAAAAGGUUUUGGCAUAGAUGCGGGGUGGGGGGCGUUGCUGAAGGGCCUAUUUCUAUGCUGCACAACUCUUAUGACUAAGUGUGGGAAAGGACCCAGCUCUUGGCCAGAGUCCAGGCCUACACAUACGGAAAUAUCUGGGGCUUGGGUAUUUUGUUAGCUUUAGUGGAAACACGAAGGAGGAGAAGGUGGAAUUAGCCUCAUUAUAGACACUGAGUCAUGACCUCCACACUGUUCAUUGUGUACCCCCACAUCCACAUAGGUUUCAGAAACUUUUGAGCCUAAAUCUUGGAUCAAUGCACUCAAAUUGUGCCCCGCCCCACCUCAAACAAAAAAGUAACUUGGUAAACUGCAAGAAUAAUCAUUUCCUAAUGAUACCCAUUUAGAAAAUUUGACUGGGCACCAAGUCCACCUAUAAAUAUCUGGUGUCAGACACACAUCAAAUAUUGUCAUUGUUCACAGUACGGCCAUUUCCUUCCUUACCAAUGCUCAAAGGUGCAAUCUAUUAUUGCUGAAACAGUCUCAGUGCAACUAGGAUGACUUUGUUGUACUUUAUUGUUUUUAUUAUUAUUUGCAGGAUAAUAAACAGGCCCUUCAGCCCAUCUCAUCCAUGCUGACCAACAUGCCUAUCUAAGCUAAUCCCAUUUGCCUGCAUUUGGUCCAUAUCCCUUUAAACCUUUCCUCUCCACUGACCUGUCUAAAUGCCUUUUCAAUGUUGUUAUUGUACCUGCCUCUACUACCCACCUGUGCAGCUCAUUCCAUAUACUUACCACCCUUGGUGUGAAAAACUUUUCCCUUUAAUACUCUUUAAGUCUUUGCCCUCUCAUCUUAAAUCUAUGCCCUGUAGUUUUAGACUACUGUCGUGCCGUGGGGGUCAGUGUUGGGACCCUUGUUAUCUAUAUAAAUGAUUUGGAUGUGAAUCACCAUCCAGACAUUAUAGGGGCCACACUAACUUUUCUCAGCUAUCGUUGGGCAGGAGGUAACAGCUACUUCCCUUCAACCAUUCAGUUCUUGAACCAGCCGGCUAUACCCUAAUCACUACAGUUUAGCAACAUCAUGACCACUUUUGUCACUUUGCACUAAAUGGACUUUUGCUUUUAUUUUGUUCUAAUUGUGUUUCUUGUUAAAAUUGUGUAAAAUUUAUGUCUAAUUUAUGUUUUUGUUGUGUAUGCUGCUUAUAUGAUGCCAUGUGCCUGUGAUGCUGCUGCAAGUAAGUUUUUCAGUGCACCUGUGCACACAUGUACUUGUGCAUAUGACAAUAAACUCGAG